GAGCACAGCAACAGACCAUUACCAUCAAUAGUUCUAAACAGAGUAGUAGCUUUCCUUGUACAAUGCCUCAGCUUCUUACUUUUCUUCAUGUCAAUCUUAUUUUGAUUUUGCUAUGGUCAUUCAUUGAACUCUCAGCUAAAUCUGCUGCUGCAACUCAUAAUCAUAUACUACCAUCCUUACAAGGCAGGCCUGUAACUGAUAAUUUCAAAGCAAUGAAGUUUCCCCAAGGCUAUUCAAAUCUUUGGGGUCCCCAACAUCAAAGAGUAUCAAAAGAUAAAUCCUCUGUUACUUUAACAUUAGACAUAUCUUCAGGUGAUACCACUCAAAAUUUUCCAUCUGUAUUCAACAUGUCUGCUAAUGCAAUGAAUAGGUGCUUCAUUUCAUUGCAUCUCAAGGCCUCUGAUAAACUUCAUUUACUCAUUGUUUUCCUGUUGGAUGCAGGCAGUGGAUUCAAAUCAAAGAAGACCUACAUGUAUGGUUUCUUCAAUGCAGCUCUAAGGCUCCAGUCGGGCUACACUGCAGGAAUUAUCACUUCAUUCUAUCUGUCAAACAAUCAGGUCUAUGAGGGUUGGCACGAUGAAGUAGACAUAGAGUUUUUGGGAACAAUACCUGGAGAGCCUUAUAAACUGCAGACCAAUGUGUAUGGAAAUGGUACAGGAGAUGGAUCUCAUCUCACCGGCAGGGAACAACACUUUCAUCUGUGGUUUGAUCCAACCAAAGACUUUCACAACUACAGCAUUUUGUGGACCCCUCAUCAAAUCCUAUUUAUGGUGGACAGUAUUCCAAUAAGGAGAUUUCCAAAGGUAAAGAGCCUGGGAAUGCAGUACCCAUCAAAGCCAAUGUCAGUGUAUGCAACCAUUUGGGAUGCCUCUGCCUGGGCAACAGAUGGAGGGAAAUACAAAGCUAAUUACAGUUAUCAGCCAUUUGUGUCCACUUACACCAACUUCAUGAUCAGUGGAUGUUCUCAACCAGGUUAUUUGGGCAAAAAAUGUGCCCAUGGCUAUUUGGAUUCGUUCAUCUCUCCCAAGCUGAAUAGGUUUCAAAGACAUGCACUCCAAUUUGUACGUAAAAAUUAUAUGAUUUACGAUUACUGUCAAGAUUUUCAGCGGUAUCCCAAUGGAAUGGCCGAGUGCCCACCCUUCUCUAAGCAUUCUCGCCUCCCCUGAAAUAGCCGGAGGGAAGAAAUAAUUACAGAGGAUGAGACUGCCUAUUUGUAUUAUAUUUAUACUAUUGUAUGCAAAUCCUGUGGUCUAUAAACUCCAUUCGGGAAUGAGCUAGACCGGCCAAACAUUUCAUAAUUUAUUCAACUUCACGAAAUUGAAUCCUUAAUAUAUAUUACCUGCAACGACAGAGAAUUUGUCAAAUUGGUUGUUUGGGAAAGU